AUGGUCGCUGCCUUCCAUCCUCCUCCUUGCCUCCUGUCCUCCUCCAACAUCGCCUUCCCCGCCGCCCGAUAUCACCCGACCGCGCCAUCGGCGCUCUGCCUGAAGAUGAAGGGCUCGGCAGAGGAGGAGGCGACGCGCAUGGGAGGGAGGAAGGGAUUCUACGUGCGACCAUCGAAGGCACUUGAGAAGGGAGGGGGGUUCUAUGUGCCAGGGCUCGAGGGGUAUAAGCUGAAGCUGGCAGUGAGCGUGCUGGCGUUCUCCUUGCUUGCCAUCAACCGAGUGCUCCUACCAGGGUAUCAGCCUACCAUCAACCAGCAAACCUCCGAGGCCGUCGUCGUGUUCACCGCACUCUUCAUCCUCAUCCAAUCUCUGCUUGACAAGUUGUCCGAUCCCGUCAAACUUUCACAUCCGAGCAACUCGAAGACGAAGAACGCUGUGAGCUUUGCCUCGCAUGUUGUCGUCUGGUCAGAACAAGGGUACGAGACUCUCUGCUGUUACAAUUCACAAUCUAUCAUUGAAUUCCUUUGA